AUGGCGGAGAGCUUCGCGUGCUUGGACCUGUGUGACUUCAUCCGGGCGGAAGGUGGCAGCGUGUCUUCCAGCAAGCUUCUUGCCUUUUGUGCGCAGAACGAAGAGUUGGCAAAGCUCCCGAACGUCUGGGAAUUUUGUAGGCAGCAUGCCUCCCGGCUUGUGGUGUAUGAUUCCGGCCCCAUGCAGAACUGGUCAGUGCAUUUACUCAAGACCGAAGAGGAGCGAGCCUUGGAAAACGAGAGUGUCCGAGCUGCAGCGAUGCUCGCGGUCCACAUUGCCAGUAAACUUGGUCCGUUCCGCGUGUCGGAUCUUCGCAUGUUCUACUGCCUGCACCCAGACUGUGAAGACAUCAUCUCUCGGCGCGGCGGUCUGCAGGACUUUUGCGAGGAGCACGGCAAGCUGCUGUGCUUCCAUGUUGUGGCGCCAUUUUACGAUGAGAUUUCCGUACCCGUGCACUGGUGCGACUCCCUCCCUCCCUCAGAUGCCGGGCACUGUUCCCGAGGCCGAGACUGCAUGCACGGCCACUGGCAAAAUCUUCUGCAACUGGCGGGUGCUGACCGGACGGAUGACGAUGGCAGUGAUGGCAGUGAUGGCUCUGACAGCCCCAGCGAGGUUGAAUCCAUUGAAGUAGAGCCCAACAGGCUGGAGCUGUGCGUCAGCCACAUACGAUGGGCCCAUGACUCCAUCAACACGCGCUUCCGAAACGGCACACUGCUGGUGGAUACACUCUGGGAGCUCUUCUCAGGUCAGCUGGAGCCCAGUGGCUUGCUCAGCUUUACUGUGGCAUGGUGGCGCGAUGCUUGGUUUGCCAUCACAGGCAACAGGCGGCUGUGGGUGCUGAAGGAGUUGUCUCGACUGACGGGGGAAAAAGUCACAGUCAUGGUCGAUCGCCUCUGCGAUCAUUCGGUCUUCUCCCCAUGGUGCCGGCAGAAGUUCACGACGUGCUGUAGCGGGAUGUUCGUAGACUUCCAGCUUCACAAUUGGGAGUCGUCACUCGCUGAUGCGGCCUCUUUCCCAAGCAUGGCGUUUGCACUGUGCGCAGCGAGUCAAAGCACGGUCAUCAGCGACCAGGACAUCGCUAUCGGGCGGGAGCUUCAGAAGUCUUCUGGGCAGUCCACGCUCCGAUCACUGCAGCAGCGCUUCCGCGAGCUCUGCGUGGAGGAUCGCGUUCGCGCACAGCCGCGCCUGUUCUGCGUCUCGGCCACCGGCGACGUCGGUUUCGCCAGCCCGUUGCAAGUCGGGCAGGCAACGGCAAGGCCGGUCCCUGCAGGGCAAGUCUCUGCAGGGCUGGGCCCGGCAUCGCAAGCGGCAAACGGAAGAUCUGGUUUGGAGCCAGGGGGCUCCGGGUCGCCCCAAGGAGGGUGGGACACCCCGCAUCUGAAAUCCAAGCUCUACAAUCGCAUCCAGCACUUCGUGCGGAGGAACCUCACAAAGGCGGAGUUGCGCAUCGACGUGACUGGUUGUGGUUUGCACUUCGCGGCAUGCGUCCAGGCGAACCUCCCCGGCAUUCUUCAGGGCAGCUUCCGUGGGAGGGCGGACACGAAGAAGCAGGCAGAGUUGAAUGCUUGUGAAGUUGCCCUACGCCAUUUGCCAGCCAGGGUGGGCUCAUGCAGUGCCCCCCAGGCAGCACAGGCGCCGCAAGCUCAAGGCAGUGGUGCUUCGUGCCCCCCGCAGAGGCAGCAACCGCAGGAACCGCACGCACAAAGCCAGCAAGCACCGGCAUCUCAAGGGCAAGCCAGCAGCAGUUCUUUUCCCACACACGGCCAGACAGCACAAGCGCCAAGAGCUCAAGCCAGCAGCUCGCCUUGUCCCACACAGAGCCAGCAAGUGCAAGCACCACGAGCUCAAGCCAGCGGCGCUGCCUGGCUCGCACAAAGCCAGCAAGCACAAGCACCGCAAGCCCAAGCCAGAAGCAACUCCGUUUCGACGCCUUCAGAAAUUGAUCCGCCCUUGUCGCCUCCAAUGCAGACGUGUUUUUGCAGCUUGACGGGUCUGCUGUCGAAGCUACCGGUACGGAUUCUUGGAGACUUCAGUCUAGAGCGGCUUGCUGAUACAAUCCACUGCAGCAGAGCUCAACGUCUUGUGCUGUCGGCAGGGCAUGCCAUGCGCAUUGCCCGUGCUGGUGGCUGGUUUGACCCCUGUACCUUGCCGCAGACCCUCAUCGAGAUUGAAGAUCUGCAAGAGUUGUGUGAGCGGCUCGGGAUCCGACAAACAAGCCAGGUCACCGCAGGCACGUGCAUGGUCCAGGUGGAGGGGCUCCAUCGCGCGAGUUUGAGUUAUGAGACCUUGAUCUGCGGGGGGAAGCGCAUCAAGUCUGUCGUGCUCCACAUCACACGCUUGCUGCCCGGCGUUUCCGGUGUGGUCCAAGGGCAGCUCCAGGCAGGGUCCGUGCUCUUCAUGGGACCAAUCUGCUCGGGGAAGACGACGAUGUUGCGCGAUGUCGCGGCCUAUUUUUCUCUGACACAUCAAGUAGCGGUCGCGGACUUUACUGGCGAGUUUCAAGGUGCCAUUGGCGCCUUGUGCGUCGCACAUCAGCCAGGCCAGGAUCCUUUGCAGCUUCUGUCCCUGCUGUUAUGCCAGCACAGCCCAGAAAUCAUCAUUGCUGAGUUCGGGUCCCUCGCUUAUGUGGUGGCUGCUGCAAAGAUGUGUGCAGACUCCGGGGUGCGUCUGCUGUGCUCGGCUCGAGGCAGCUUAGACGGUCUCAUAGACUUUUUCUUGCAGGCCAGCUUUGAGAGCCACGUGCCAGCCUGCAGUUCUUUCCCACUGGACGCGGUCGUGGUGCUGCGUCGGGAGAUGGACUACUAUCAGCUCUAUCCAAAUGCCAAAGCCACUGCAUGCUCCAUGGUGCAAGGCUGGCGGCCCUGGUGUGAGCAGCACCAGGCACAGGAUACCUCUGCACGCUCGCCACUGCGGCUGGAGGUUCGCAAUUUGGCGCCGUCUCGCGACGUCUCCUGCCUUGCGGCGCAGUGCACUGGAGUCCAGCUUCAGUAG